UCUCAGACAGCCACGGAUUUGCCAAACCUCCAUCUGCUGUCAAGACCUUCGGAGCAUCUCUGUCUCACAACACCUUGGCUGGAGCCCUCAGUCUGUUCUGUCGGGGAUAACUUUGUGGAUUAGCCAUCUCUUCUGAGCAUAAGAGUUUCCUAAUUGUUACCAGAGGACCCAUGUGGGUGGUGGAGAAGAUCCGCGUGUCAGUGGAGAGAUCUAACCUGCCCAUCCCGUCAGCAGAGCUCAGCUUUAAAAUCGGAGAGAUCAUGUUAGGGGAAAAAGCCGACAAAUCCAAAAGGAUCUCCCUCUGCCCUAACAUCAUCACCCCAGACAACAUCCCCGAGUUCUGCAUCCCCCCGACGAUCCUGUCCCUGCAGGAGAUGAAGAACACGGAGCAGAGCAGGACCGCUCGCCUUGCCAAGGUGUCUCCCUGUGGCGGGGCUAGCCCUGAAACACAGACGACGUUUCAUGAACCACUCAACCCACAUAUUAUUCAGGUAGAGAGUGUGGACGAGAAUCCCUAUGAUGGCUGCAGUGAUGAGGAGACCACCAAUGCCGACCCCCAGAGCCAGGCCGCCUUAUCCCUUCCGCAUCUGGCCAAAGCCCAGACAAGCUAUGGCUUUUGCACUUUACUGGAGAGCCCCCACACCAGGAGGAAGGAGUCCAUUUUCCAUUCUGAUCCAGGCUCCUCUCCGCUGCUGCUGCCCAGGAACAGAUCCAGCAUGUGCUCCAAAAUGUCCCCCUCUACCUCACCCUCCUCUUCUCCCUCCUCAUUCAGCCUUAACAGCCUGACCUCCAGGCUUUCCCCGAGAGGCUACACCCUGAACUGGCAGGCCACUCUCGACAGCGAUACAACUUCCUCCACCGAGUCGUCUCCUUUCAGCUCGCCGCUGCUGACCAGGUGUCCUGCCAAGUCUUCCCUCUUCAAAGCACUGAGCCAUGAACUGCUGUUGUCAAGGAACAUGAGGAAGGCAAUGGUGUCCAGGAACAAUUCCCUGUCCACAGAUGAAGGAAGCUCCACAGACAACAGCCCCAAUGUCAUGAGGAGGGCAUCAGAAGGGUUAGCCGAAGGCCUGCCCAGCAGCUACAGCCUGGCACCCCCCACCAUCUUCCCCAUGGACUUGACUUUACACAGAGAGAGGGCAAUGAAGGAAAGAAUGGUCCCCGUAGGGAAAGACGGCAGCCUGAGACUCUCGGCAGAGUACUGUCCGGACAACCAAAGACUGCGUGUUCGACUGAUCAGCGCCGAGGGCCUCUAUCCUCUUUCUGUAGACCCCAAGAUUAUCAACUGCAGCAUCAGCAUCUCUUUGGUUCCGGGAAAAGUUCAGAAGCAGCGCAGCACAGUCAUCAGAAAGAGCCGCAAUCCAAUCUUCAACGAGGAUUUCUUCUUUGAUGGUAUCUCGGAGGAAGACAUCAGCCAGCGGUCCCUUCGCUUCAAAGUGGUGAACAAAAUGUCCACCCUGAAGAGAGACUAUCUCCUCGGCGAUUGUGAUUUGCCUCUUUCGAGCAUCGUAGCGUCAUAAUCUUGAAUAGCUUUUAACCGUUUUAAUUUAUGUACCGGAAUAUUUAUUUGCACUUUUGUAUUUCAAAACUUGAUUUUAUAAUGAUUAAAUUAUGGAACCCA